UACCUACCUUUCCUUAAGAGGAGUCAAAAAGGGAAAUAGGAACUAGUUCAGAGCAGUGGUUUUUUUGUGCAUUUGAGGUGAUUAACGUGCAGUGUGUCGUGACCAACAAAAACUGUUUACUGCUUGUUGGAACAUUUGCCACCGAUGCAGUAAUCGCCAGAGAACCUCCUCUUGAGGUACUCCAGCAGAGCCGGUAUGGACCAUAUCGCCGAGGUAACGGCCGGGAUCGCUUACGUCCCGGCCGGGAUCAUCUACGGAUAUCUGCUGCUGCUGCCCACCGUUGAAGACAAACUCAUCGCAUGCCUGUACGAGGAAACGUACUACUGGCCACACAUCAUCGCAAUCGUUGCUAUGCUUAUUACGGUGGUGUUGACCAACGGUCUGAAGCUGAACUAUCGCAAAACGCAGUUUAUCCAUCUGUACCUACAGCUGACCGCCACCGUGUUCUCAAUAACGGCCGGUCUCGUCUUUCUGCUGGUGGAUGAUGUCGUACCGGCGAUCUACCUCGGUGCAAUCGCAUUUGGACUAACGCUCGUGCCGGGCCUUAGCUACUUACACAUUCGCUCCCGUUCGCGCCACCGAGUGUUGCUGAUGUCGUUGUGCACCGUCUGGUUUCUGGCCGGUGUGGCAUCGACGGCAACAAUCAUCGAACUGGCCGCUGUCAAUGAGCACGGGGAGGACCGGCUGCAUCAGAACGUAGCGAUCGCUCUGCUUACCGCCAGCACCCUCAAUCUGGUACUGCUGGGACUGGUGGAGCUACUGCAACGCGAAACUAUCGUAAAUUAUCGCCAACCGCUCGACUACGACACGGCGAUGGCUCAUGACAGCGGAAGGUUGCUGUAUCCCGACCGACGCGCCUUCGCCUCGUACGCACAGUUUGGUCGGGCUGCUCCGGCGCUAGGCAAGGGUGUAACUGGCACCGGCUGGUCCACCGAGCGUAUCGUCGGUGCUGGUGCUAGCGAAACCGGCUGUCGUUAUCGGACACUGUGGACGGUGUACAUGAUCGGAACCAAGCUGGUCGGAUUGCUUGCCUUCUAUUGGGUGUUGCUGAUAUACGGCAUCAUGGCCACGGAGGUAUUGCUGGAACAGGAUAACGUCGGAUACCUACCCUUCUGGUUGAUGGCAGGCGGUGCACUACUCACUACGCUGCUUGGAAUUCGACUCGCACCGAAGACAUUGUUCCUGGGUGCAUCCGUCCUGUACAUCAUUGCGCUGGUGCUGGCAAUCGCCUUUUACUCAGCCGAUCUGAUCAAACCUGAGUACGGUAUUGCCAAGUGCUUGUUCUUUGCGUUUAUUGGUGCUGCUUUGCCGUUGCCGGCCAUCCAUAUUUUGGAGCUGACGCCACUGAACUUCAACGAAGCCGCGCUUGCUCUGGGCACUGCUCUGGAGCUGCUUGCCGUCGCGUUGCUGCAGUACUAUGGUACGAACGACGGCACUCUGUUUGGGAUGGACGUAACAGCCGGCGGUGUGGCGGUUGCCAGCAGCAACCAUAAGGACGUGAUCGCCGCUCACUACAUUACGGCGAUCGUGCUCGGUGUUGUCUGUGCGGUGGCUACCUUAUGGCAUAUGCCAAACACUGGCCGUAAGUCGUUACCGGAGAUCGAGUCCGAUCUUGCCCGCAUGCGUUCUUACUUUGCGUUCAGCCGGCGUCAUCAACAACCCCCACCGCAGCUAGCGAUAAAUCCCGAACUGCACGUGGAAACCUCACACGCCAACGGUCGACUCGACGACCCUCUCGAGGAUCCUCAACCGACCACCCACGAGCAGCUGAGUGCACGGAAUGCGACACGAUUUGCCGCCCUCUAUCCCGACUCACCCGAUCCGCGUGAUCCUCGCAACGGGUCCGCUCACAGUGUUGCCAGCCACAGUCCUACCACGCGCAGCCGCAGUCCUUACAACGACUUCGAUCAGCACAUGCAAUACCACCAUCAAGAUCCUCACCUCCAUCAGCAGCAGCAAGAUGCGCUGCGAAGGCAGCAUGAGUCCAACUAUCUGAACGCUCGCCUUCUUCAGCAGCGUGGCCUCGACUCACCCACCGGAUCGGACCAAAUGUCACGUAUGCGGGCCAUCCCGUCCGAUGUCAUCCAACCCCUGCCGUUGCUGCCACCGCUAGCGGCGCGUUCGUCCCAGCGCUCCGAUCCAGCGCUCGGAUCACUGACGGUCAAAUCCGAACCCGGCACCGUCCUGCGGCCUGCUCUGCUCAGCCAAUACAGCGAUGCACCAGCGCCGCCUCCGAUGCCACCCGCUGACUACCUCACCAAGUCGUUACCGCGCGUUAAAGCGGUCCGCCAGUCACGCAUACCGCCGAUCGUGCCGAAACCGGAACCAACGGCCGAGGUGAUAGUGCCGGGGGUCGAGUACUCUCACAACCUCGUGCCGAGCCAGUUUUUGCGGCAAUCGCUACAAAACUCGCAGCUCUUUCGCUAAUACGCGCACAAACUGUAUGCCCAUAAGUGAUCAAUCCAAAUUUUCGCUUGAAAAUUAAUAAAUUCUACCUAUUGUUUUCAUAUUAUUUUUACAUAUUACAGUUACCGUGCGGUCAUGCCAUUACAGUAAUCAUGCGGUCAUGCCACUUACGGGUGCCAUUUGCAUACGACCCCAAAUGGGGGGGUUUUUUCGCUUUAACUCCAUUCGUUACGCGGAAGCUCCGAAGCUAAUCAAUCAUUUCCAUCUGUCCGUUUCAU